AUGGCAAAUGAGAACGGUUCGUUGAACUCCAACCCAACAAUGGACACCAGGGGAAAGACCAUCACUUGCAAAGCUGCUGUGGCCUAUGGUCCUGGAGAACCCUUCGUGGUGGAAGAAAUUCUUGUUCAUCCACCUCAGAAAUUGGAGGUUCGAAUCAAAAUCCUCUACACGUCCAUUUGCCACACCGAUCUCAGCGCUUGGCGAGGCGAGAACGAGUCUCAGCGUGCUUACCCUCGCAUCUUCGGGCAUGAAGCAUCCGGGAUUGUGGAGAGUGUGGGAGAAGGGGUGAGUGAGGUGGAGGAAGGGGACGUGGUGGUGCCAAUAUUCCAUGGGGAGUGUGGAGAGUGUUGCUAUUGCAAGUGCGAGAAGAGCAACAUGUGUGAGAGGCAUGGGGUGAACCCCAUGAAGAAGGUGAUGGAAGAUGGCACAAGCAGAUUCUCCACAGUUGAUGGAAAACCCAUCUUCCAUUUCUUGAACACCUCCACGUUCUCCGAGUACACGGUGGUCGACUCCGCCUGUGUCGUCAACUUUCAUCGCUCCGAUCACACUCUCGCCCUCAAAAACCUCACCUUGCUCAGCUGUGGCGUCUCCACAGGGGUUGGAGCUGCAUGGAAUACAGCAAAUGUACAAUCUGCUUCAACAGUGGCUAUCUUUGGUUUAGGAGCUGUUGGCCUGGCUGUUGCAGAAGGGGCACGAGCCAGAGGCGCCUCUAAAAUAAUAGGUGUUGACAUCAACCCUGAUAAAUUCAUCAAAGCCCAAGGCAUGGGAGUCACUGACUUCAUAAACCCAAAGGAUGGAGAGAAGCCUGUAUACGAGAGAGUAAGAGAAAUAACUGAUGGAGGUGUAGACUACAGUUUUGAAUGCACUGGAAACCUGGAGGUUCUAAGGGAUGCAUUUUCUUCUGCUCAUGCGGGUUGGGGAUUGACUGUAAUAUUGGGAAUUCAUACAUCACCAAGGUUGCUUCCCAUUCACCCGAUGGAGCUCUUCGAUGGUCGCAGCAUCACAGGAUCAGUAUUUGGAGGUUUCAAAGGGAAAAGUCAGUUGCCUCAUUUUGCCACACAAUGUGGAAAUGGAGUGGUGAAGCUGGAUCAUUUCAUUACCCACGAGCUACCCAUUGAGGAGAUAGACAAAGCGUUCGACCUUUUGAUCGCAGGGAAAUCACUGAGAUUCUGGUUAAGGUCUGAGGGUGCUUUUGAACAGUGUGCUAGAGCCAAGAAAGAGAAUAAAUGGAAGUGUACUCGGCUUUGUUUCCCACCCAGUCUGAAACCACCAUACAUAUGCACAAAUGUAAAAGGUGAACUGGGAACAGUUCAUGAGUAG